AUGGGAUUCCUCGUAAAGACCGGAAAGCACGAUGUUUCAGCACCCAAGGACCAUGCAGGAGAUCGAGGACGAGAUGACAGGGGGCCCAGUGACAAACCCAGUGACCAGGUGGCGCAAUCCACGCCAGAAGUGUGCUGCGAACCCAGCGGCAAAACCUUGUCCACACAUGAAGAGAGCAUCGAGCCACAACCGGGGCCAUCUAUAGCUAGAACUUUGGCAUCCGAGUCGCGGACUCCAGAAUUCUCGGACGAGUCGUCUGUUGAUUCACACGAUGACGACGCGACCAACCCCAAGAAGCCAAAACUACUUGAGUUAGUAUUUAAGGAUGUGCUGGGGGAAGUUCAGUAUUUCUCUAUGGUGCAGGAUAUGUUGAUCAACCUGUACAAGUUCUACCAUUAUUUGCCAUUGAACUGGCAAGGGCUACGGAAUGCUGCCGAAGCACUGAACAUUUCUGUGCUAAAACUAGUGAGAGCAACAGGUACAUGGUGGCUUCCACAUCUGGAGCAUGCUGUCAGAGCUGUUUGCCACGACUUUCCCACCCUAGUGCAGCAUCUUGGGCAUCUAGAGGAGAUUGGUGACACAGGAACCAAGGAAAGCUGUGACAAAGCAAGAGGAAUCCUUCAAGUAGUGAAGACAGUGAAAUUUGUAAUGUUUCUCAAUUUCCUGAUGCCAUACCUGGAACUGAUCAGUGCAGUAUCAAAGGUCUUCCAGGACAAUGACAGUACCAUAGAGGUUGUAUUCAGAAGAGUUGAUAGCAUUGUAAGAUCAUUGACCAAAUUGGCUAGCCCUCUAAAGCUGAACAAUAUCCUGUCUGAAGGCCCAGAAGAGAGAGGUGGGUCAUUUAUGUGGAAAGAAACACUGGUAGACCUCAGCGUGGACGUGGACAAGCAGGAAAUCUUGCUACAUACAAGGAGGAAAGUGUUGUUCCAGUUCUCCACAUGGCCAGAAGAAGAGGAAGAUGAUGACUUUGGAGAGAACAACAUCAAAGCUUUGCAUCAACACUUCCAUGCGUUGCUCGAGCAGAGGGACUUUGACAUUGACAGGUGCAUCAGAGAAUGGGAUACAGCGAGAGACAAGGCCCUAGAAUGCAUCACUGUUGGUGUGCUGACAGUUGUCAGUGAAGAUAGUCCUCACGAGGGUCCAAGUUCAGUGGCCCUCCAGCCCAUCUCCACUGCCAUCAUUCUGGAGGGAGUUAUUUCUUUCUCUACCAGUUCAACACAAGACACAAUUUUCAAAACCAGACUUCUUCAGCUGGAAUGCCAUUUUACCUGGGCUCUGAACAAAAAUGAUGUAGAUCUCACUGACCUUCUGAACAGGCUAGAAGAACAGUUUAACGUGGAUCUUGGAGGGGAGACAGGAGCUGCACACACACACAGCUAUAAGGGAUUUGUGAAAUUUCUUCUUGGAUCCAAUACUGAGGCUCUCAGCAACUUUGAGAGAUCUGUAGAGCUCACUAAGUCUUGUGGAAAUGACUGUGACAAGUUGCUUGUUGUUGCUUAUGGAGAUCUUGCAUGGUUAUACUAUCACAUGGGUAAUUUCACAGAGUGUGAAAGCUACUUGAAUAAACUGAGCGAGAUUAAAACAAAAUAUCCAUCUGUCCCAUACGCUGAGGUGCUUGGAGAAAAAGGAUGGACAUUCCUUAAGUUUUCUCAGAAAUAUUAUGAAAGGGCUAAAGAGUGCUUCAAGAAGGCCCUGGAGCUGGAACCAGAGAAGGGUGAAUGGAAUGCCGGCCUUGCCAUUGCUCUGUAUCGGAUAGACUAUAUGCUCCAAAAUCCAGCAGUGUCAACUGAAACUUCAACUGAAAAUUCAAUUGAUCAGCUUAGACGGGCCAUAGCCACGAACCCAGAUGAUGAUGUUCUUAAGGUUCUGCUUGCUCUUAGUUUAGCUGCUCACAAGAAGCACAACGAGGCAGAGAGCCUAGUGGAGCAAGCCUUAGAGAGCUCUCCAGAACAUCCACAUGUGCUUCGAUAUGUUGCAAAGUUUUUGCGGAAUCAAGGGUCUGUGGACAGGUCUAUUGCCCUCCUAAAGAGAGUGUUAGAGAAAGUGUCCAAUGCGGGCUUUAUACACUAUCAGCUGGGGCUUUGCUAUAAGAAAAAGCUCCUGAAUCUGAGGCUUGCAGGAAACCACUAUAGAACAAGUGCUGAAAUUAAGCAAGCUCAAGAGCAGUGCAUCUACCAUUUGGAGAUUGCAACCGAACUGAAGACUGGCUUCAUCCUUGCUAUGAGUGAUCUUGCUUUCCAGUAUGGGGUGAAGCAGGAUAUGCAGAGAGCAGAAGAAAUGUUCCGGAAUGCAUUUCAGACAGCUAAAGAAAGAAAUGAGAACUGCCAUUAUGUUAAUUUCUGUUAUGCAGAAUUCCAGCAGUACAGAAUGAAAUGUGAGCCUGCUGCCAUCAAACACUACAUUGAAUGUCUGAAGAUAAAUCCAAAUAUAUAUCAUGGGAAGAAAAGUGCUGAACGUCUGAAAAAGAUUGCAAAGAGAAGAAUUGAGAACAACCCAGAGGAUGGAGAGGCCUUUGGAAUACUCGGAAUCAUUCAUAAGGAACAAGGAGAAAAGCAACAAGCCAUAGAGUGCUUUGAGAAAGCGCUGAGCUGUGAAGACAAUGAGGAUUAUCUCCGUGAUCUUUGUGAACUUCGGAUUUCAUUACAGUAA